GGAGCCACGUGACUAGGAGGACGUCAAAGGUCGACCGGUCAGCUCGUGACGUCAGAGCACCAUGGCGGAGCAGCGUUCUAAGUCCCUCAGCGGUUUAUUGAGCGGCCUAGCUCAGCUUAUUUACUACCGCAGCCCUGGCAUUACCGAGCAAAUGCUAAAGGAGCAGCUUUACCCUGACCUGCCGCAGCAAGAUUUCAGAGUUCUGGUCGAGAAAAUGGCGGGGAUGAUGCGGUCAAUAGCGUCUGCAGACAUGGAUUUCAACCAGCUGGAAGCCUUCUUAACAGCACAGACCAAGAAACAAAAAGGAAUUACAGCGGAGCAGGCGACCGUUUUAACAAACUUCUGGAAAACUCAUAAAGUUAAAAUCCGGGAAAGUCUUAUUCAUCAGAGCAAUUGGGAGAACUGCCUGAGGAAUUUGAGUUGGAGAGUUGACCUGAAGUCUCAGUCCAGACAUUUAGAUCAAAUAAACACACCGGUUGCUAUUGUGGAGUUUGAACUUGGUAAGAAUGGUCAGGAAUCGGAAUUUCUCUGCUUGGAGUUGAAUGAGACCAAAGUGAACCAGCUCCUGAACAAACUAACAGAAAUUGAAACAAGUAUCAGUGCUCUAAGUUACAUCAGCUGACAUCGAUGGAGAUAAUGAAACUGAACAGAUGGUAGUAGCAACACAAAUAGGAGUACUAAAUAUUACAUGGAAUUAUGGAAUAUAUGCAUUACCUAGAUUAGUUGUAGAAUGGUUGGAACUGCAGUGCAAUUCUGAGUUUACUUAAUGACAGCCUUUUAUCUAUACACAGGCCUAAAAGUAACAAUGUGUGCCUCUCUAGUUCCUUCCUUGCCAUCUGGUAUUUUUGUUAUAAAUUAUGCUGAAGAUAUAGCUUUUCAUUUGUUUUUUUUUAUCUAAACCCUUCAGAAAACACCAGCUAGUUUAGAAUCUUCUUUAGAAUGUAAGUUUUUGUAUUCAGCUGGAUUGGAAAUGCGAGGUAUCUUUCCCUUGUCUGUUGUAUAGUGGCUGAAGUUAAAUUAGUUUGGACAGCCUGAAUAGCCCAUUUCCUUAUGAAGCCUUGAAGGCAACAUUUAUGUUAUUUGGAAAGUUUUCUCAGAAAAAUUAACAGGAUUUUAAGGGUGGUAUACUGGGAUUAAUAUUGAGGUAAUAUUUUUGAUGCUUAACUGAUCCAAGCUGUGGCCUGUUUGAUGUUCAGUCAAGUUCAUAAAUCGUUCCUCUCCCUUGACUGUAUUCUCUGGGAAUACAGUAUUGCAUGUUGUUGACCACACAUGAGGCUGUACUAGGGAUUUUGAUGUGACUGGUACAAGAGUACAAAACAUUCUUCAUUACAGGGCCACGAUGAUGAAGGAAAGUUAUUUUGCUGUAAGAAUAUACAACUUUCAUGCUUUAUAUGGGUUUCUUCAGAAAAAAUGUUCCGUAUGCUGUAUUUGUACAACUCAAUUGCUCUGCAAUGAUUUGAAUAAAUGCUCUGAAAAUAUAAUAAUCUUUUAACUGUAUUGCUAAUUAUCACCCCAGCCGGAGUUACCAGGAAGGACUCUCCUUCUCGAUCUCAUCCCUUGCCUGAGGCAUGGUGACCCUCUCAUUAAACCACCACCAGUCGUGUGUCUCUAAUGAGAGGGCAGUCCUCUGGGACUAUGCUAUAUUCCUAAUCAACUGAAAUAAUAGUUUCAGAAUUGGAUCAGUCUACAGUUUUAUGGUACUUAUUAAACUGUUUUGAUAUAUAGUUAUGCAGAUGAUAUUUCAGCUUGAAUCGGCAAUCCAGUAGAACUCAUACAGUUGUUGGGGCUUGGAUUUUUACCUUGGCCAAGGUCAUUGGGUAUCAAUCAGAAGCAAGAGCUCUCAAUUUUUUUUUAAUCAAUGAUGCUGAGGUUUUAUUUCCCUCAUGCUUUCAACCAUGAUUUGUAAUUGAAUGUCACCUCUCCUCCUCAGCGGUGCUCAUGUUCAUCUCUCAGAUCUAGAAGGCAUUCCAGGCUUCUUGAUUAUUUUAAUAUCUGUUGUCUGUCAUAUGAUUUCUGUACUUGAGGGAAAGAUUGUUCUAUACAAGUUACGCUUAUGUUCCUAUUCACAAGUCUAAAUGUUUCAUGAUAUAGGAACUUUUGAAGUUGUUGAGUUUGUUUACAUCCCAGUGGUUCUUGAGCAUCUUUGUCUGCAUCAUCAAAACAGACCAAAAGAACCCAACAGGCCAAAAUCAGUCCCACCCCAAACACUUUCACUUUCCACCACAAAAAGAAAUUCAUUAGAAUUACUGGGAACUUGUGGAAAUUAAAAAUAUUUUCACUGCUUUCUCACUAGUAUACAUAAUUUACAUGCAUUAAUUUUUAAGUAAAAUGAAGAUUGUUCAUAACGUAAAGUAAUGUAUAGACAUUUUCACACAAUUAGAUAUUAGUACUGCAAGACAACAUGUUUAUUUGGAACAUCCUAAUGUUACAAAAAAAUCACUGUAAAUUGAAAAACUAACACUUGUAUCUAUAUUAAUCUAAUAAAAUGAACAGUAAAAUAA